CACUUGAAAUUAAGAGUCCAUAGAGAUGGCUAAACUCAACAAGACUACUUUUCUUGCUCUCUUCUUCUGCUUCCUCAUUAUUGCAGCCUACGAGAUGCAAUUGGGGGAGGCAAAACCUUGCACAAAACUUAGCAAAGGAUGGCGUGGGUUGUGUGCUCCUCAUAAAUGCAGCAGUUACUGUAUUCACCACGAGGGAGCUUACCAUGGUGCUUGUCUAAAAAAUCACCAUAGUAAGUAUUAUGGUUGCUACUGCUACUACCGUCAUUGCUAAUCAAUGAAUUUAUAUGUACUUGUUGGAGGUCAUGCCUUGUGCCCAUCUACAAGUUCGUACUGUGUUUAUGUUUCCAAUAAUAUUGCAAUCCUCGAGUGCUUUCGUUUAGAAAAGUAAAAGCUGCCUGUGUGAGCUCUUGUAGCUGGUGGCAUGACUUGUGUCCACUAGUUCGUGUUACUUUUGUUGUACUUGUAUACCUAAAUAUUGAAGAUUGUAAGUUUCUUUUAGUCUGUUUAUUGAUCAAAAUAUAAAGUGAGGAUGUGUUAAA